AUGAGCAUCAAGCCAUUCGACCCACUACCACUCUUCCCACACCCAACACUCACGGCAAUCACCGGAGUACCAACACGUGCUACCAUCAAGCAACUCGAAAAAGAAAACAAAGACAAUGCCCGACGCAUUCGCAGCACCAGAGCACCCGGCAGAGAGGGCCACCUCCGACUCUGCUACACACUAGCCGACUACAAUGCCAGGCCCAUCAUGGCAGCAGCCAACCAAUGGAUCGACCCAAUCCACCCAGGCCCCAGAGCCAACAUUCCAGAUGGUGCAACAGCAGCCAACAUUGCCCGACUGACCAAUGAACAUCAGUUCUCCCUACAAGAGUUCGACACAUUCGAAGCCGUCGAGCAUGCCCUCAUCAAAACAGCCAUGGCGGCCAUAGAACCAGUAUACUAUGUCGCCCUGGAGGACCCCGACGAAGGUUUCACCCAACUCCGCUACAUCGACCUCAUCGUCCACCUACUGAACAGUAUGGACAACUCACCAAUGAGGACCUCAACAACAACAUCAAAGCAUGAACACAAAGUGGAUACCUACCCAACCACUCGAACAACUCUUCGACAAAUCAACAAAGCCAUCGCCUUCGCGCGCGGCCAUGACCCCAUCACAGACCGUGCCGCGCUCCGCUCCGGCCUUGACAACCUCGAAAAGAGUGGAGUCUUCCCCCGUGCCAUGGAAUCCUGGAAUGAAAAGCCAGACGAUGAGCAAACAUGGGAAAACUUCAAAACCCAUUUCACGGCAGCCAACAGAGAACGCCGCCGCAAACUUACCACGAAGCAGGCUGGGUACCACGACCAGCACAAGCCAACAACGCCAACCACCAAAAAGGCACCAACAACCCAUUCCACAUCUACAAUGCAUCCGGCGCCGCCUACAUGGCCUACUGCUGGACCCAUGGAGCCCAACGCGACCUCACGCACACCAGCUUGACAUGCCGCAACCGCCACAAAGACCACAAUGAAAAGGCCACCAUGGACAACAUGAUAGGCGGCCGCAACCAGAUCCGCCGCCAACCAGGCGAGACCAGCAUCUACAAGUUCCAGCCCAACAAUAACAAGCGUCCGCCCACCGGAAAAAGCAACAACGCCAACCAAAGCAAUGACGACUCAACAACCGGCACCGGCACCACCUCAGGUGAAACGGACAUGAGCUCCCUCACCGGAGACAACAGCACCUGAAAAAGAGAGGAGUCAAUAGCACGUACACGUAAAAUUAGUAACAGUAACAGCAGUACA